AUUUAUUUAAUAAUUAAUAGUUAUUGACGUAAGUUCGAGUAUGUACGACGCGAAAGAGAAGUGUAAAAGUGUGAUGAAAUAUCAUAGAACUAUUUUGUAGCGGUCUUGUUGCAACAAGAGCAUGCGAUCGUCAAGACUUUAAAGUACAGUGUUGUAUUUAAUGUGGCAAAGUUGAGUUGUAGUGAAAUUUGUCGUAUGCUGUAAACAAAAUGAGCGUACCGAUUAUAAUCACUGUUCCCAAUGGCUACUUGGAGGUGGAAGAUGGGGAUUCACCGGUCGUGGUUGACUCGGCUCCAACUACACCUUCAAGGAAGCGAAGGCUCGACCACCUGACAUGGGAAGAGAAGAUGCAACGAAAGAAGCUGAAGAACCGCGUCGCGGCGCAAACAUCGCGGGACCGUAAGAAGGCGAAAAUGGAUGAGAUGGAGAGCAAAAUAAACCACUUCAUGGAGGUGAACGAGAUGCUUGUCAAGGAGGUGGAGGAAUUGAAGGCGAUGAACAAGCGUUUGUUGAGCGAGAACGCAACGUUGAGAAGCGAGGCGGCGGCGCGGACCGUCGCGGAAGCCCCGGGACCGGCAGAGUCUCAUCCUCAGCAGAAGGAGGGGCUUCCGUCGGCGAUCCGCGCGGCGCGCCUGCUUCUGGCGAUGUGUCUCCUCUCGCAGACCUCCUCGCACACCUCGAGUCUGACGAAUACCUCGAUACCCUCCAUCAACUUGCAGACUCCCUCCUCAAAGAGAUUGAUGCAGGUGCUACAGGAACGCCUGAAGAUAACUCAAUCAGGGAAAAUAGAAAAUGUACUGAAGGACCUGAAAUGGUGGGGUCCGCAGCAAAGCACAUGGAAUCCAGUGAAAGUAGAGUCCUAGACAGUGAGAUUAACCUCAAACAUGAUGUGGACAGAAUACUGGAACAGCACUCUUACGCACAUCCCUACCCCACCAUAGAAGUUACAGAUACAGAAGUUAAAGAAGACGGUGACAAAGGUGAUAUAUUCUAUGCGAGCUAUGAAGCAAAUGACUGUGUCACGGUGGAAGUUCCCUGCGAUGAACAAGUGGUGGAAGAAACAGCAUUGGACUGUGAAAUGGACUUUAGUGAACUAACAAACAAUUGCUCAGACAUAACAUUGGAAUGUGACAUGAAGCUCUUAUCGCCAAUGUGUUUGUCGCCUAAAUCCAUUGAUGAUAGUUUCAGUUUGUCACCAUCGCAUACGAAUUUAAGCUCAGAUAUAGCAUACGAAUCUUUAUCAUCACCGUUUAGUGAACCAGAUUCUUUGGAUUUGUCAGAUUUUUGGUGUGAAUCAUUUUCGGAGUUGUUCCCAGCUCUUGCCUAAAUUAAACUGCAUUCUCACCAAAGACUGACUAGAUUGUUAAGUUCAAUGACAAAUUAUGUUUAAACAGAUUGAUAUUUAUUGUUAAGUUAUGUUUUACUUCUGUAAGUGACUAUAUGUUAGUGUAGGUAUGUUACGUUUAAGUGCUGUUAUUAAACAACUUUAAAACA